CAUCAUUACGUUAUUCGAAGGCCAAACCCUGCAAUUACCCGCUAAUUCUAUAUAUUUAUUUUGACCGUCUACGUUCGUUGGCACCUCUAACAAAGAUGGACGGAGCAGAGUUGCAAUCACCCUUACUCGAUAAUGGACAACCCCCCCUUGUCGCGAAGCGCACAACACCUGAAGAGCCGAAUGCUGCCUUCGAUGCCAAAAGACUCAAAACCUCUGAUGAUAGGGAGGCACCGCCGCAGAUAAGCCUUCCCGCGGUAACCCGGAUUGUUCCCUUUCCAGAGAAACCUGCAGUUGUAGAAGAACGGAACUGUGAAAUAGAAUUUCGGGUUGUCAACAACGAUGGUUCCACGGAGAGUACCGUCAUUCUAACAGGUCUCAAGAAUCUGUUUCAAAACAGCUACCAAAGAUGCCCAAAGAUUACAUCGCCCGUCUCGUCUAUGAUCACACUCACUUGUCUUUGGCCAUCUGCAAAAUGCCCCUGGAAAUUAUUGGCGGAAUCACAUUCAAAGAGGUCCGACAUCGCAGGUUCGCUGAAAUUGUGUUCUGUGCGGUUUCAUCGGACCAGCAGGUGAAGGGAUACGGGGCGCAUCUCAUGGCCCACUUGAAGGACUACGUCAGAGCCACAUCCCCAGUGAUGCAAUUUCUAACUUACGCUGACAACUACGCAACGGGUUAUUUCCAAAAACAAGGCUUCACGAAAGAGAUCACGCUUGACAAGUCCAUCUGGACGGGUUAUAUUAAGGAUUAUGAAGGCGGUACACUCAUGCAAUGUUCUAUGCUCCCCCGGAUACGGUAUCUCGAAGUUGGUCGUAUGCUUCUCAAGCAGAAGGCAUGUGUUCUAGCUAAAUUACGCCCUUUGAGCAGAAAUCAUAUUGUACAUCCCCCGCCUCCACAAUGGGCUAACGGCAUCGUCACUCUGAUCGAUCCACUCUCUAUUCCUGCUAUUCGGGCUACUGGAUGGUCUCCGGACAUGGACGAGCUAUCACGGCAACCGCGCCAUGGACCUCAUUUUAACGAGCUUCGACGUUUUCUUAGCAAAAUCCAAGCCCACAAACAAGCGUGGCCCUUUCUCUCUUCUGUCAACAAAGAUGAGGUCCCGGAUUACUACAACUUCAUCGAAUCUCCAAUGGAUCUAUCAACAAUGGAGGAAAGAUUGGAGAAUGACGCAUAUUCUACCCCGAAUCGCAAUUGUCGGCAGUAUAAUGAUGCAACGACGGUUUUGCCAAGUGCGGGACAAAGCUGGAGAAAUAUAUGUAUUCUCUAAUCAAGGAGGUACCAGAGUGGUUUGACUUGGUGGAAGAGUGACACCAGUGCAUUAGGUUCGGCUCGAGCUGGGGCAAAGCUUCCUUGACACCUCAUCUGCUUAGUUGCAUCACGGGUUAGCACUCUCCCAAUCAGGCAAACUAUUCGGCUACAGUGCUUCGUCCCGUAUCCAGGAACUUUCAGGUCAUACUUCUCUUUCGAGAUAUUUGUUUCUUGGACGGCCUUCCGGUACUUGUCCUAACAGCCCACCGGGCUCGACUUCUCAGCUGUGUCCCAUGUCGCCAGCUCUUUUUCACCAGUGUUGCCAAAGGCUUGUGUGUUCGAUUGGCCAAAUCGUCAUUUUAACUACUAGGUGAAGGAUUGCCACGAGGAAUAAAUUAAUAUCUCUAAGACAGAAGCAAUAACCACACUCUGCUGCGAAAACGAAUUGUGACGGGCGCGUAGUGGACGCUGCCGCUCUUCUGGAUGGGGGGUGAAACAGGCCACAACUUGCCCAGCGGAACACUCCAAUCAGCUGGAGGACUGCCGAUAUCUUCAUUGAACUCGACCCAUCCAACACUAACUGCUUAUCCUUUAACUAUGAUAAAGCUGACUUAUAUCACUGAUAUAUACUUACUUCUGUAUAAAUAUACUUCACUUUUAUUACUUA